AUGUGCUUGGUCUGCCAGCAGGCUCUGGCUGGAGAGAGGAUGCUCAGGGUGCCCAACUCCCUGCUGAAGCUGCCCAGGGUGCUGCUGAAGCUGCCCAGGGUGCUGCUGAGCCACAAGCACAGAGCUCUGUCCAUCCUCAUCUUCGUGCUGGUGUCCCUUGCUUACCUCACGCUGCACUGGAGAAUUGCAGAGGACUCCUGCAGCAGUGGCCUCCACGACCCGCCUGGGCCAUUCAGCUGCGCUCACUCGGUGCCUUUUCCCCUUCCCCACGCCGGGGAGCCCCCUCCUGCCGGAGGGAAUGUGUUUUUCGUGGAGACCUCGGAGCGGGCUGCCCCGGGUUACCUGUUCUCGUGCUCCGUGGAGUCCGCGGCCAGGACGCACCCCGGGACACGUGUCGUGGUGCUCCUGAGGGGCUUGGCCAAAGGAAACGCCUCCUUGCCCAAACACUGGGCUUUCUCCUUGCUGAGCUGCUUCCCCAACGUGGAAAUCCGGCCCCUGGACUUGCCGGAGCUCUUCUCUGGGACGCCUCUGAAGAAGUGGUACCUGUGGCCUCUGCGGCGCUGGGAGCCUUAUUUCCUACCCGUGCUGUCUGACGCCUGCAGAAUCGUCCUCAUGUGGAAAUUUGGUGGCAUCUACCUCGACACAGACUUCAUUGUGCUCAGGAACUUGCAGAACCUCACCAAUUCCCUGGGGAUCCAGAGUGAGGAUGAACUGAACGGGGCCUUUCUGUCCUUUAAGCCCAAGCACAAGUUCAUGGAGCUUUGCAUGAAGGACUUUGUGAAGAACUACAACGGCUGGAUCUGGGGACACCAGGGCCCAGAUCUCCUGACACGUGUCUUCAAGAAGUGGUGCCCCAUCAGGACUAUCCGGAGCAUGAGCUGCAGAGGGGUGAGGGCUCUUGCCCCAGAAGCUGUUUAUCCUAUUCCCUGGCAGGACUGGAAGAAGUUAUUUAAGGCAACCAGUGCCUCAGAGCUUCACAAACUCCUUAAGAACACCUAUGCAGUGCACAUAUGGAAUCAAAUGAGCCACAGGACCAGGCUAGAGAUCCCUUCCCAGGCUCUGCUGGCUCAGCUCUAUUCUCAGUUCUGCCCUGCCACCUAUGCAAAGAUGAAACAGGACUCUCAAGAGCGGUCAAGGCUUGCAAAGUGA